UUUGCACUUAUUUGUAGUGCUUCAAGUGGGAAAAAAAGGAGAGGUGGUCCAGGUGGACUAAAUAAACUCUGUGGUGUUUCUCCUGAACUUCAGGCAGUUGUGGGUCAGGCAACAAUGCCCAGGACUGAGAUUGUGAAGCAACUUUGGGCGUACAUAAGGAAAAAUAACCUCCAAGAUCCUAACAACAAAAGGAAGAUAAUUUGCAACGAUGAGCUGCGUGUGGUAUUUGAGACAGACUGUACUGAUAUGUUCAAGAUGAACAAGUUGCUAGCUAAGCAUAUAAUCCCUCUUGAACCUACAAAACAAACAGCUCAAAACGCUAAGAAAGCAAAAAUAGAGGUGGAAUCUGGAAGUGAAAGUGCUAAUACAGUUCCAGUUGUGGUAAUAUCUGAAGCGCUUGCGAAUUUCUUUGGUACUGAUGAAAGAGAGAUGUCCCAGGCUGAGGUACUACGGCAGGUGUGGGAAUACAUUAAGGUCAAUCAGCUCGAGGAUCCCUUGAAUUCGAUGGCAAUCAUGUGUGAUGCAAAACUCCAAGAGCUUUUUGGAUGUCAGAGUAUUUCUGCACUGGGCAUACCAGAGAUGCUAGCAAGACUCCAUCUACUUAAGAAAUCAUGAUUGCUAAUCAGGUUGACUGGUAAAUGGUGUUCUGCUAACUCGUUACGUUCUGACAUUGGCUAAUGUUACUUACCACAAGAAUUUGGGUGCUUUCCAACUUCACUUGCAUAGUUUUGGUGUGGGUUAGGGAAGGUAAGUUAUGAUGAACAGAACGAAUGUGUAUUUUGGGCUAAUUGCAAGUUUUGUGUCAUAGCCUGUGAUUGUUCUAGGUUUUUAAUCUAUGUUUUCUUCAGGCAUCUUUUCUAAUGGUAGUUUCUGACACUUGUAAAGAUGCAGAAGGUAGGAAGACAGGAGAAAUGUAAAAGAUGAUUCCAUGUAUUUUCUGAAUGAAAUAUGUAAUUCUGAAUUUCUGCUGUUUACGAAUUGAC